AGGUAUCGUAUUUCCUGGGUAUUCAUUUUGAACAGAAACAGAAUGAAAUCAAGAUGGAUCAAAAGAUGUACAUACAAAAGAUGCUUGAAAGGUUUGGCAUGUCAGAAUGCAAACCUAGAAGCACUCCUGAACAGAAAGUAGAACUGAACAAAAAUCCAGUUAAUAGACAGAGGUCAGACAUAUUGAUGUCAAAUAUCAUUUCAUUCGUGAGGCACUCACUGAAGGGAAAAUGUCAUUGGUCUAUUGUCCUACAGAAGACAUGGUUGCAGACAUCUUAACCAAACCUACUACAAGAGUCAAGAUUGACAAAUUCAAAUUAUUAUUUUUUUUGGAAACUAAUGUGUUUCACUGUUUCAUGGUCAUGAGAUCAAGGGGGGGUGUUGAGUAAAUGUGAUCUCAUUGUAAUUAAUGCUGUUUCUGUGUAUCAAGAGAGAGGCUUGCUGUUGUUGUUUUGCGCCUCCAACAGGUUAUAUAAGGUAGUGCAUGCUCGCCUGUGUUAUCAUCACGUGAUCUCUUCCGGUUCACUUCGCGCGAGAGAAUAUGAGAGACUCACAGAAAGAAGCGCGAUGAAGUUGUGUUCUAUUUCCACAGUUACCGAUGUUUUGUUUCCCGGUGCUGUGAGGCAUUGUACUGAACCAUCCUUAAAAUAAACCAUCAUCUUUCUUUUAUAUUCAACUUGAGUAUUCAUUGAAGAUGAGUGAAGAAAGAAGAAACCCAACAAUGGCCAUAAGAUAUGAACGCUCGUCAAGAAGAACGUCCCCUUCAGCAGCAGGAGGAUCCACAGCCCCCCCACAUUAAAGAGGAAGAGGAGGAAGUGUGGAUCAGUCAGGAGGGAGAGUGUCCUGUAGGGCAGGAGGAGGCUGAUGUCAGCAAGUUUCCACCGACUGUUGUCUCUGUGAAGACUGAAGAGCAUGAAGACAAACCACCUGAGUCCUCACAGCUUCAUCACAGUCCAAACGUCUGUGAAGAACAUCUUCUCUCUGAGCAACAGAAGUGGAGCUUCAGGAUGGGCAAGGAGGAGCCACAGCCCUUCCACAUUAAGGAGGAAGAGAAGGCGCCACAUAUAUUGCAAAUGCAAAGGGAAGAAAAUAACCCACUGACCUCCCAUUUUAAAGAGGAAGAGGAGGAACACAGCAUCAGUCAAGAAUGGUUGGAGAAGUUCCAUUUGAUUGUGAAGAGUGAAGAUGAUGAGGUGAAAGGUGAAAGUGAGGAGAGGGGAGGGGGGGAGCCUCCAAGCAGCAGCUCAACACAACACAUGACAACAGAAGCUGAUGGAGACCACUGUGGAGGAUCACAAGCAGACAAGCUCUUAGCUCCACUAUCAGAUAGUGAGGACACAACGUCACACUCUCCUGACACUGAUGAUGAAGACUCUAAAGAUGAUAAGACAUGUCACACUGACAACACUCACUUCACAUCUUCUCACUGUCACAAAACUUUUAAAUACCAGUCGUCUGAAAUCACACAUGAGAACACACACUGGAGAAAAAACUUUUUCAUGUUCAAUCUGUCGUAAAUGUUUUACUUUAAAGCACAAUUUCAAAGUACACAUGAGAAUACAUACUGGAGAACAACCUUUUUCCUGCUCAGUAUGUGGUAAAAGAUUUGUAUUAAAUCAAAGUUUAAAACUACACAUGACAACACACACUGGAGAAAAACCUUUUUCAUGUUCAAUUUGCGGUAAAGAUUUUACUCAAAAGCACAAUUUUAAAGCACACAUGAGAACACACACUGGAGAAAAACCUUUUACAUGUUCAAUCUGCGGUAAAGAUUUUACUCUAAGGUACCAAUUCAAAGCGCACAUGAGAAUACACACGGGAGAGAAACCUUUUUCCUGCUCAGAAUGUGGUAAAAGUUAUGUCAUAAAUCGAAGUUUAAAAGUACACAUGAGAACACACACAGGUGAGAAAGUGUUGAGUUGCAGUGUGUGUGGUGAAAGAUUGUCUUCUAAGUAGCAGUGUAAGAAACACAAGUGUGCUGGUGAGAACAGCAGCAGCAAAUGAAACUGCAGGAUUUGAAAUAAACUGUCCAGACUUUAAGUUUAAGUAACAUCAGCACAAGUAACAUGUGUGACAUAAUAAUUUGGAACAACAUAUGCUGCCAUUUAAGCGCCAUCUUUUUCAUGGACACCCCUGUUUAUUUCAGCAAGACAAUGCCAAGCCACAUUCAACAUAUGUUACAACAGCGUGGCUUGGUAAAACAAAGAGUGCGGGUACUUUCCUGGCCUGCCUGCAGUCCAGACCUGUCUCCCAUGGAAAAUGUGUGGCGCAUUAUGAAGCGUAAAAUACAACAGCGGAGACCCUGGACUGUUGAACGACUCAAACUCUACAUAAAACAAGAAUGGGAAAGAAUUCCACUUUCAAAGCUUCAACAAUUAGUUUCCUCAGUUCCUUAACGUUUAUUGAGUGUUGUUAAAAGAAAAGGUGAUGUAACACAGUGGUGAACAUGCCCUUUCCCAACUACUUUGGCACGUGUUGCAGCCAUGAAAUUUUAAGUUAAUUAUCUUAAAAAAAAUAAUAAAAAUUAUGAGUUUGAACAUCAAA